AUUCUGAAAAGCAUUGAAACGGAGAAGGAAGCGAUUUGUUUAACACCAACGAAAGCAGCUGUCGAAAAUCCGGAUCGCCUACGAUCUGUACUAAAAGAAAAGGCGUAUAAAUCACAGAUUGUACACGCACGCCAUCGGCGCCAUUUCAUUGAUCCGUCGAUUCCCUCAACAAGCGCUGACGAGAGAAAUCAGGAGAAUCCAGUAACUGCUGCAAAGGUGCUCUCUUCCUUUAGAUAUUCAGAAUUUAUUUUUGUUCCCUAG